UAAGAAUGUAGCAGCAGAUCAAAGCAGAAGAUUCCCGCCGCCGACGAGAUCCCGCAUUCCGAGAGAGACGCGGAUGGAGAGCGCGCUCAGUAUCGAUCUCUCUGUAGCUCCUCCUGCUGCUGAUCACACUUAAUGUACGGUCAUGUGGGCGAACAGCGUCCAGAAAGCCGCUAUAUAAACCCCCAGCUCAUCUGUCCGAGGACACUGACACUGCUUCAGGACACUUGAAGACUCUUGCGGCGCAGCUGUCAUAAUGUCUAACGGAUGGGGAUACGCAGACCAUAACGGACCUGAGAAAUGGUGUGAAAACUUCCCCAUUGCUAAUGGACCUCGCCAGUCUCCAAUAGACAUUCAACCCAGUGGAGCAUCUUAUGAUGAAUCACUGAAACCGCUUAAACUGCAGUACGACCCCUCCACUUCACUGGACAUCCUGAAUAAUGGACACUCCUUCCAAGUGACCUUCGCCGAUGAUGACGACAGCUCAACUCUGACGGAAGGCCCAAUCUCAGGCAAAUACAGACUCAAGCAGUUCCACUUCCACUGGGGAGCCAGUGACGACAAGGGCUCCGAGCACACAGUCGAUGGGAAAUGCUACCCAGCUGAGCUCCAUCUGGUCCACUGGAACACAGAAUAUCCCAGCUUUGGGGAAGCAGCCAGUAAGCCUGAUGGUCUUGCUGUGGUUGGAGUUUUUCUAGAGAUUGGCGCAGACAAUCCUAAUCUUCAGAAGCUUCUGGAUGCUAUGGAUGCAAUCAAGUGCAAGGGAACGCAGACCUCAUUCACAAACUUUGACCCAACCGUCCUGCUCCCGGAGUCUCUGGAUUACUGGACGUACCUGGGGUCUCUGACCACCCCUCCUCUGCUCGAGAGCGUCUCAUGGAUCGUCUGCAAGCAGUCAAUCAGCGUCAGCUUGGAGCAGAUGAAGAAAUUCCGAUCUCUGCUUUUUACAGCAGAGGAUGAGGAGGCCUGCUGCAUGGUGAACAACUAUCGCCCCCCUCAGCCUCUGAAAGAUCGUGAGGUCCGUGCAUCUUUCAAAUGAAGGACCCCCCUGGACCCCUCUUCCUCCCCUUCCCUCCCUUCUUUAGCAUGAUAUGCAAGCGCAGGGCCCCCGGGUCAAGGGCCUCAAAGCCCCUUCACCCUCCAUGCAGUGAUGCUGGGCAACCUGCCAGCUGUCCAGCAGACCAGGUGUGCUGUUUGGAGAGUAAAGAGGCUAUGCAGGGAAUCAUGUGUUUGUACUGUCCCUCUUUCUUUCUUUCUUUCUUUUCUCAUUCUUCAUUCAUUAGUGCAAAUGCUUUAAUUAUUUGGAUUUAGAAUAUG